CAGUUCAUAAGGACGGCACUGCAGAAACGCGCGAGCUUGAGCAUCGCGUGCUCGAAAGGCAGGGACGGGAACGUGCAUUCACAGAAAUGUAAAUAUCAAAAUUUCUUCCCACACUUAUAGCUCUGCUGCGCCUGCUUAGGGUGCCCGUUUAGGUGUCCGCACCCUGUGUCGCCCAGUCCUCCUCCCCUACGAUGGACGACCACGGUGAAAUGGUAGCGUGUCAAGUUGGAGAUGCCCAGUGCAUGCCGCCUUGUGGUGCCGAGGGUGCUUCCCCUGCCGCCUUAAUACUCACUGAGGGGGACCAGCCUCCCAUUGAAAAGAAGCCCAGCCAGCUUGUCGAACCAGAUUUCCUGGCCACUACAAGGGGCGAAGACCCCGAACAGUGCUACAACGAACGCGCGUCGUCCCGGCUCGUCGAAGACCGUGGGGAUGACGAAGUCAACAACAGGAUGGCACUGACAUCGAGUCCGUCGCCAAUUGCACAUAAACAUCUGCCAGAAGACAGCGAGAAGCCACGACUGCCCUUAUCCGCUGGACCGGCAGGCGCAGAGCUUGGUCUAGAUCCAGGUUUUCUGAAAUUGCUCAACAACGAGUCUGAUCUGGAUGAAGGUUACAUGGUAAGCGAAUUGCUAAAGAAAGGCAGGUUGAGGAAUUCGACGUUUACUGAGAAAAGUUUGGUGAUGGACAUCCCCAAGCCAGCUGAACAUGCAGCAGCGGACGCGGAGCGGGACAAGCAAGUCAAGAAGAAGAUAUCAGUGUUACUGGAAGCCACGCAAAACAUUACUGUUCGAUAUCAAGUUCUGGGAACGGUCCGGUCAGGGUUCGAGCUUAAAAAGACAAAUGCGAAGAUUCAGUCCGACGCAAUCUCCGAAGGUUGCAUGAAGGGAAAGGCGAGCGAUGGGAUCACAACCGUUGUUCCUUCCAGUUCAAACAACAAAGAAAUCUGCGGGUCACCAGAAAAGGUAGAGAAGACACCAAGACCCCUGUCUAGUUCGGACGAAAUGUUGUACUUCAAAGAAAAAGUCCGCGCUUCUCUCGGAACCACCCUUGAACGGAAAGGAGCGUCGUGCUCGAAACUUCAACUCCAUCAGAACAACACACGGACAUCCCAAACGGAUAAGCCUGCGAGAGUUAUUCAGACGAAAGGCUCCAAGUCGACACUGCCACCUGCGUACUCGCCCUCUCAGCUCAAUUUCAGCAAGGUCAAAUCGCAGAUCGCAGGGAUGACACUGAAGAAGCCCUCGCGCAUGUCACAGGUAUCGCCCGCACCAAAGGCUUCAGAAAACGACGAGAGCGCAAGCGACGGAGACGUUCAGUGUGCCAGGAAGCUUUCCAAGAUCACGCAGAUUGUGAUAAGCAGCUCUAAGCAAGCUCAUCAACGAGACGAACCAGCAGAAGGAGGAGGUCAUGUUUGCGUAAAUGACAACGUGGCGACGCCAAGAGUUGAGGAGAAGAGGGAAGCGAAUACAGAGCACUUUACGAAGCGUUUGCUCCACCGCGGUGGAUCUAUUGGGGCUACAGUAGCUACAAUAGAAAAUCAAAGUGGUGUUCUUGCAGGGAUGAGACCCUUCCACGAAACAGCACCUUUGAAAGACACCCUGAAGACGCGUCGCGACCUAGCCCAGCAAGAGAUAAAGGACAGGCCUGUCCUAGAAGUUAUCGAGAAAUCGGACCAACUCGUCUCACCGACACCUGGGGAGAAGGCUAAGCGCCGUGUAAGACGUUACUACCGACGUGAAGAGGAUUUCUACAUCGCAUCCUCCUCCUCUUCGAGUAACGAUAGCAUGGUCAAACUUGAUUCGUCGACGGUACCAACCGACGCCAGCGAGCUUAUGACCGAAGGAGUGCGUGGAGGAGAACCAAACUCAAAUAUAGACGAGAACGUCAACGAGUCCAUUACGUCCUGGUACUCCUUUGACAGCGAUCCAGUGGGCAGGUCAGAAGCCAUGUGUAGGGCUUCGACUCACUCUUGGCGAUCCUACAAUAGUCACACGUGUUCAGAUGCGAACGUAGCGGGCGACGAAAGGAAGGCCACGCCUCCUCCGCCUCAUGACCAGCCUGUGGGCGAGGAGGACGAUGACGCCGGUAUAAUCGAGGAUGCCCCAGCGGACGAGCGACCAGAAUCUGCAGGGAGCUUCGGGUCAUUUCCCGAUUCUGGGAACGCGUCUGCCAGGACCGAAUCGUUGUUGAGCUCCGAGGUAUCGGACUGCGAGGAGAAAGAACAUGGCGCUACAGGCGCUACGGCCGACAGUUCCACGGCGGAAAAUGACGAGGAGAGCGCCAAAUUCAAGGCAUCCAACUUAAUACGUUACUUUGAGAGCAUACACUGACGUAUUGCGGAUCAUGAAAUUGUUGAGACCAGAAAAUUAUAUCUAAAUUUUAUUUCUAGCGGAAAAAUAUUUAUUAUUAAAUAAACCAUUACUAGCGAAA